AUGCCCCCCCCCCCAGCCACCAGGUCGGAAGGUGACGUGGUAGGGUCUUUAGACGUGUGUGAGAAAAGCUCCAGAGGUGACGUUUCCUCGAGGUUUAGGUUUCAAACUUAUCUACUCUCGGAAACCGAAAUCCGUCUGAGGCAAGCACACACCCCGCAAGGAACCCAGCCGGGUGCGAAUCUUGAGAACCUGUCGGGAUGCGCGUCUGGGGAGGAUGAGGAUCGCGCCUGCCCCACCAGGAGCGAGCGCCGGCGGAGCGGGCAGCCGCCGAGGAUUCGGGCGGCGGGAGGGGGCGGGGCGGAGUUGGAGGAGCCCAGGGCCGAGCCGCGGCGCUUCCCGGCAGGACCGUGCGGGCGGAGGCGCUGCGGCCGGCGGCGCAGGUACCACGAGGGUGCUCGGUACCAUCCCCGUCUGCAGCUCGAGCUCCAGCGGCGCGUGCUUUCCGCACCCGGGCUUCGGGAUGCAGGGUGGGAAAGGGGCCCCCCGCGGUCCAGCGGCCGCCUCGUCCCCCACCCCCGGUCCGCGUGCGACGCUCCCCCGCCCGCAGGCGCCGCGGGGGCAGGGACUGGGCGCGGAGUGAGGUUGGGAGGGACCUGGAAAAACCACCCAGAUUGCAUUGCAGUGGGCGAGGCCGCCCGGAGGAGCCGGUUCCCCGGAGCCGCCUCCCCGCGGGGCGUUCGCGGAGCGCGGUUCCCAGGUGCUUGGAUUUGCCUGGGCCGGGAGGUUCCGCCUGGCGGGGACGCGGGGCUCGGCUACGUGGUGGCCCACGCCCGGCAGGUUGAGCGCUCGCGACGACUGCGAGGAGGGCCCACGCCCGGCGGCCGACGGUGGCUGAGAAAGUGGUUACAGCCGCUCGGGAAGUCCUGCGUCGCCGGUCCUCUGUGGCCUCUGAUGUGGUUGCCAAAGAGAUCACAUUUUCUACUCCCUGGACAAAUCCAACCUCUCUGAAGUGCAUCUCACAGGUACAUGUAUCUGUACCACAAAGGAAACAACACUUCUACAAGGCUGCAGCGAUGCUCCAUGUCCCCAUCCAACAGAACUUGCUGAAAUUUCCAGCCAGGCUGACAUUCCAUCGGGUGUGCACUCCAAGUAAAGCUGGUUAAAGAUCACUGUGCAGGGGCUCAGUUGUUGGGCGUCUGCCUUCGGCUCAGAUCAUGAUCCCAGGGUUCUGGAAUGGAGCCCUUCAAUGGGCUCCCUGCUCAGCAGGGAGUCGUCUUCUACCUCUCCCACUCCCCCUGCUUGUGAUCCCUCUCCCACUGUGUCUCUCUCUGUCAAAUAAUAAAAAUUAAAAAAAAAAAAGUCACCGUGCACAAGAGCAGGA